AUGCCUUUCCAGGAAAUCACCAGAGGCUUCUCUAACUUUGGCUUACGUGCUUCUUUACGUAGACGUCUGGGGAGAAAUAACACACUGACAAAAAGCAGACCUCUCAUCCUUACUAAGACAUUGGCUGUCUCCGAUGGAGAGCUGAAUGUGUUAGAGCCAGUGAAGCGUGCAGGAACACAAUGCUCGAGCAGCAACUCCAACCUACCAAGUGUGCCCGGUGGCAGGGCUAAUGGAGUGGGUCGGGUGGCCAGCUGGGCUGUCAGCUUUGAGAGGCUGUUGGAAGACCCACUGGGAGUGUAUUACUUCACUGAGUUCUUAAAGUCAGAGGUCAGUGUGGAGAACAUUCUUUUCUGGCUGGCAUGUGAGAAUUUCCGCCAGAUACCAGCCCAUAAUACUGAAAAGCUGAGUAAGGAGGCUCUUUUAAUCUACAACAGUUUCCUGUCCAAAAAUGCUACCAGUCCUAUCAAUAUUGAUGACAAAGUCCGGGUGGAUGAGAAAGAUGUACAAAACCCUUAUCCUGAAAUCUUUCAGAAGGCUCAACAACAGAUCUUUAAGCUGAUGAAAUUUGACAGCUACACUCGCUUUGUGCGCUCACAGCUCUAUCAGAACUGCAUGCUGGCUAAUGUGGAGGGCAGGCCUCUGCCAGAGCCUGGCCAGGGCUUUACACCCACCAUCAUAAAACACAGCAGCAACCCGGCAACCAGGGAGCAGAACAAAUCAGAGCAGAAAUUCAAAGAGAAGCCAAAGGUCAUGUCAGGCAGAACUUCCGCAGAGUCUGAAGAUGUGGUGGAGAGGAGGAAGGUCCCUUUAAAAGGCAAGAUGAGCUGGGAGAAGCGCAAAGAGAAGAGAGGAUCCUGGGGAGAACCCUCUGUCACUGGGAGACCUGGAUCUUUACAUAGUGCAGAGAUGGAGAGGCUAGUAGCUCGCUCUACAGACUCAGGGAGUGAGGUUAAACCCACAGCCGACAAGUACUGCUGUGUGUUUCUACCUGAUGGCACGGCCUCGCUGACCCCUGCCCGACCUGGUCUCACUAUCCGCAGCAUGCUUGCAGGCCUGUGUGAGAAAAGAGGACUUCCCCUCUCUGACAUCAUUAUUUACAUGCAAGGGAAGGAAAAGCAGCCGCUGUCUCUGGACCAAGACAGCUCUGUGUUAAAGGAGCAGCAGAUUAUUCUGGAGCUACGGGUGACAUUUGCUGUGGAGGUGGCAUACACAGGUAAGACCAUGGCCAUGAGGGUGAAAUCUAACAAGACCCUACAAGAGGCGCUGUCCUCAGUGCUCCAGAAACACCGCCUCCGACCCCAGGAUGUCAUAGCUACCAUGAAAGGAAGCACAGAGCAGAUAAACAUGAACACGGCUGUCACCGACCUGGCCAAUAAGAUACUAAUCCUGGACAAAGUAAAAGGUGUUGACCAGGGUGUCAGUUCCAAGACGACUCCAGCUCUCAAUCUGCAGGCCCGCAGAGGUGCUGUCGAUGUUGAUAUGCAUGCCACAAGUUAUUGCAGACCCAAUCCCAGACAGAAGAACCCAGCUCUAAGAAGAACUUACGAUAUGGAAGGUCUGGUAGAGCUGUUAAACCGAGCUCAGUGCUGCAGUGCUGAUGACCAGCGUGGCCUCCUGAAAAAAGAAGACCUGACCCUGCCUCAGUUCCUCCAGCUUCCUCUGAUGGAAAACGAUGAGCUGGAACAGCAGGCCGAGCUAGAAACAGCAGCUCCCUCUGAUCUCAGAGAAUCUACAGAGAAACUGGAAGAACUGAGUUCAAAUCUGCUUUUAGUGGAACAAGACUCCACAGAUUCUUCUAGAUCUUUACUUUAUUUUGCAGAACCUGUAGACAAGAAACUUACUGAAAAUCAGUGUUCAAAUCCAGCCCGGGAAACAGAAGUAUAAGGUUAAUUCCUGCAAAAUGGAUGUCUCGUUAUUCUCAGACUACUUGCACUGAGCUUGGAAGCUGCUUUAGUAAUGUAUAGAUUUAUGGAAGGAGGACACUUGGCUUGAAUGUAAGAUGUUUACAGUGAAUGUAAAUCAGUACAGUGUUAAAGUCAGUUGAUUGUAUUUAUUUUAAAAUGAUUAUGAUGUUAAAUAUAAUCUGUGCUUUAAUGAAGACAAUGGCUGUAUAGUAUUUUACAAAAAAGAUCACUUGUUUAUGAGAAGAAAUGAUUGUGACUGCACAUCUUGGGGGCUGAAAUCAAAGCUUUUAAAGUAAUGGUAAGUGUUUUUAAAGAGGUCCCAACUCUGAACCUUGAGGAACUCCAAAAAAACAGAAGUUUCUUUUCAAAA